AUGGUUCGAUAUUUUCUUAAUCAUAGAUCUACUAUUAAAAUAAGCUCAAGCUAUUUACCAUUGUGCCCCUAUUCAUUCACAAUCAAUAGUAGUUAUAUAGUUUAUGAUGAUCCCUCGUAUUAUAUUCAUCAUUAUCCUGAAUUUAUAUGUCCACAAAAUUUUCGAAAUCUAGCUGAUUGGGUUUAUGGCUGGCCUGAAGAUAGAUUUAACGAAGAACUUGAAUGUCCUAUAAGCGAAAAAAAGAAGUUAACUGUACCAAAUCUUCCACAUGGUAGUAUUAUCUAUGUUAGAGUCUACAAUAUUUCAUCUUUUUUCUCAAAGAUAUAUCCAUAUUUAACGUAUACGUUUGUACUAAUCACUGGUGAAGGUGAUUAUUCAAUGCCAAGUCGAUUUCACCAUUAUCUCGAAGAACCUGAUUCAAAAAUUAUUCAUUGGUUCGGUCAAAAUGGAGAUAUUGAUGCAAAAAGAAGUGAACGCUUUACACAUAUACCAAUUGGUAUUAAUUGUUUUGAAAUGGCAGAAGGUAUUCGAGAUGUUCAUCGACAAUAUCCAAAACAUAUUCUUCCAUCUGUCCGCAAAAAUAAUCUUGAUGAACCAUGUCAUUACACACAACCACUUGAUGUUACACAAAGUGUGUUAACAAAUAAUAUUCAAUUAGACAAAAUAGUUCUUAUUAAUUUUUAUCCUAAUAAUGAUCCAACUGGUGUACGAAAAAAACUAUGGAAAGAUUUGUGUAAACAUAGACAAAGUUCAUUUGCUAUUUGUUAUGACAAGCCUCAUGGAGUGAAUAUUUCAAGCUUACCUACUAUUUAUAGACGAAAUCGGCAGUAUCCAUUAUGGUUAUCUCCUCGUGGUGGUGGACUUGAUUGUCAUCGAACAUGGGAAGCUUUGUAUCUUGAUAUUAUUCCUAUUGUUUGGCAUUCAACACUUGAUUCAUUAUAUACGAAUCUACCAAUUAUUAUUAUCAAGAAUUGGAGUGAAGUGAAUGAAGAAUUUCUUCGAAAUAAACUUCAUGAAAUAGCAAUGAAAAAAGCUCAACAACCAUCUGUAUAUCAAUAUGAAAAACUAAGAAAUGCUUAUUGGCGUGAGAUAAUAAUAAAAAAAUCUCGAUAUGCUUUGAAUAAAAAAGACAUACAAAGAAAUCGAUGUUGGCGAGCUAAAACUAUACGAUCGGAAUAA